CCCGCCCCAUUCCGCAGGAUCUCAUCAACGACCUUUCAUAGACCAAGAGAUUUGUGAUCCUCGCAUGUUUAAAUUUUUUUUUUUCCGGCACAUGGACAAACUUUGCUCUAUUGCCUCAUUUGCACAUUGUUAGUCUCCCAUGGCAGUGAGACAAGUUAAAUCCUUCUUCCGAUUUUUUUUUUUUCUGAUAAACCUCAGUUCUGACAUCGCUGCCUCGUUGAUCAAACGUUCCGGGUUUAUAAAUUUCUUCCAUAUCGGCUUUCCUUUCAUUCUUCCUCACCCUCUAGUCAAGAUCCAAUUCUUCUUCCUCCUGUCUCCUCGCCAGAACUCCAGAACCUGCUCUUUUCGAACGUCCCCUUUCCUCCCUCCACUUGGCAUGGCAGUUAGUCCUUGCAUAUCCAUCCCUGCUUUGUUGCCCUUGAUUUCCUCCUUGGCUACCUCAUUCUUCUUCCAUCCCCUCCCUCCUUCCACACCCUCUCCUUCAUCUAAUUAUCCGACUGAGAAUAAACAAGCCAAUAACACUCUCUUCAAGCCAUGGUCUCUAAAGCCAUGCGUCAGAUCAUUCUGAUCGGCGUCAUUUGCUUUGGCACCAUUGGAAUGUUCA